GGAUCGAAAAUCUAUGCCGCCACCGAUUGCUAGACCAAACAUUCGUAAUCCACUUUUUGGUCAUAUUUGGAAUACGCGAAAAUUGACAAACAAAUCUGCGACUAAAAGUGCCAAACAAAAUUCUUCUGCUCAACAAAGAAAUCAAAAUUCAAAUGAUAAUCAAUCUAAAAAAAUAAAUCCAUAUACAACUACUAAACGAAAGCCUAAAAGAUACUCCUCAUUACUAAAUUUAAAUUCUUUUUCCACACAAAGUGCAAACAUUGAAGAUCGACCAACAUCAAUUUAUCAUCAUAACGAUCGUGAAUUUUUACAAUCACUUCGUAAUUUCAAUGAACAUCAUCAGCAUGCCAUUACAUUCCGUACCACAUCAUUAGCACGUUAUAUGAAAAUGAGUCGUGAACUAGUAGAUGAUUUUGUUCGGUUAAAAACCAAUGAAUUCGAACAACAAGAUACAGAAAUAACAAAUCCGAUUGUAGCUAAAAUCGAUCAAAUGACGCCAACAUUAAAUAAUGAUAGUAGUAUUGGUAAACAUUUUCGAAAGAAUCCUGUCACAAAAAAACGAUUGAUUCGUCCGAAAUCUGCCAUAGCCACUCGACAUAAGCAAAUCGCAAAUGGAAUUAUUCAUUCGAAAAGUAGUACAAAGUUGAAUAAUAAACCAGAAAAAUGUUAUAGCGACGAUGAAACCGAAUGUCAUGAAGGUGACGACGAUCAAAUUCCAGGUGAUAAUGAUAAUCAAGGAAUGAAACCAUUGUUUCAUCGAUCCAUGGAUCGAAUAUCAUCAAUAGCGAAUUGGGAACGACAAAUUCGUUAUGAAUUUGAAAUCGAAAAAGAAUUACAGAAAAGAGAACUAGAAAGACAACGAGAAAAACUUCAAAGUGAUCAAAGAAAAUUAGAAGAUUGGGAUAAACAAUUACGUAUCGAAUUGGAUGCCCGUGAACGAAAAUUACGGCUAGGUGAAGAAGAGCUAAAAUCACGUCUGGAAGAUGUCAAUCAGAAAACUAAUGAAUUGAUGCGACGUGAACAAAUGAUCAAUGAAAUCGUCGGUGAACGAAUCAAAGCAGAGAUGAAAUUUGAAAUUGAAAAAUUAAGGAAAAAAUUCAACGAGCUUGAGAUUGAUAAAAGUAAUCUGAUCAAAAAAGAAGAACGAGUAAAAGAAGUUGAAGCUCGAUUACAUGAACAAGUGAAGAUAGUCAAAGAAAAAAUUGAUAGCAAACGUAUGAGUGAUAUGGAAUUAGCUAAAUAUAGAAAAGAAUUGGAGAUAACAAAAAAGGAAAAUGAAGUGCUUAAAGAAAAAGUCGAUAGUAUGGAAGAUUAUCAGAUUACUAAAUUUGAGAAUCGAGCAUCUAAAAAUGAAUUGCAAAUUCUUAAAGAAAGUUUAGAAAGUAAAAAUCAAGAACUAGAACGCGAUCGAGAACGGUGGGAACGAGAACAACGUUCUAAUGAUCAAAAAAUUAUGUCUUUAAAACGAGAUCUACGUAAAGCAGAACAAGAAGUGGUGUUACUUAAGCAAAAAUUUCAAGCUGAUCAGGAAGAAGCCACCUCAAAAUAUGAAGCAGCAAGCGGUCAAGUUAAACGAUUAAAAGCAUUCAUUAAAGAUCAUCUGGCCAAAUUAAACUACGAUUUUUCUAGUACGACACAAACUUUAAAUCAAUUUCGGCCAUCUGUAUCAUUUUCAGAUGGCACUAAUCAUCAGCAUCAAAUUAGCCACCAUCGAGGACAUUCAUUAUAUCAGGCUCCAACCACCUCUGCUGCAUUGAAUCAUCAUCGUUCUUCAUAUAAUCAUCAACGAUCAAUUUCAAUGGAUGGAUUUCAUAAACCUCAGAAUCGAUAUUCCCAUAUUCGAGGAUGUAGAUUAUGCAACGAUGAUGACAAUGAUCUUGAAUAUGAUAAUAAUCAUAGCAAAUACGGAAUACUUCACAGAAGUGGCGAUAUUCGUUUUCUUCAUGAUGAAGAAGCAGAAGAGGUAGCAGACCGUUUUUCAUCAUCUAGUAAAGCAGAAAAUGAUGAAAAACAACACGAACAAUCAACAACAUUUUAUAAAUCAUUUGAAACGGAAAAAGUUGACAAUGAGAACGAGGAUACUUCACCAAAAAAACUAGGACAUUCAUCUUCGGAUGAAUUUGUUCGUAAAAUUGUCGACAAAAUCUAUGAAAAAAUGUCUUAUAAUAAAUUACCUGACCUUUCACCUAUAGUAGAUGACAAUAAAGAUGAGAAUGAUGAUCAUUUGAAUGAGGUUCAUCAAAAUCAACUUGAAAAUCAUUUUAACCCACCGGAAAAUGCUUCAUUCAAUCGACCUGAUCAAAACCACCAUCAACCCUCACCAUCAGUACAUCGAACCCUUUAUGAAGAAUUGCUCCUCGCAACCGAAUUAGAAACUUCUUCAUCAAGAUUAAACAAAAUUGAUUCGAUUACCACUGACGUUUCUCAGUCUCCAGAAAAAACGAUGAAAAAUGUUGAGCAAUCCGAUUCAAUUUAUUCAUCACCAUUAAAAUUUCAAAAUAUCACUCAAUCUUCUCACCUUGCUAUGGCCAAUGUGUCCGCUAAACUUGAAAAUGAUACCAAUAAUAAUAGGAUAAAUGGUGGCGGGGAACCGAAAACCAAUUCGAAUUCCAAUGGAAUGAUCAUGAUUGCUAAGAAUAAUUCUGCCGUCUCUAAUCAUUCGAAUCAUAGUUCAAAAUCAAGUGAAUCUUUUGAGGUCGAUUGGUAAAUGACCUGAUAUAUUUAUUCGAUUUUUUUGCCAUUAAAAACAAUAUACAAAUUAAUAUUUUAUGAAAAAACGUGAUCAAAGAAUGAUGUACAAAAAAAUAUU